UAUCAGUGGAUUUUUAAAAGAAAACAAUGUAUAUAAAAAUAUGGAAGAAUCACAGGAAACCCACAUAUCCAACCACCUAGAUGAAAUUGUUGCUGCUGUCAGCAUCACUCCUAGAAAGAAGACCCAAAACAAGCUGCCUCAGACAGCGUUGUUCCAGCCUCCUCAAGAGAAACUCCACCUCUGUGAAGAGAAAGCAAAGUCCUACACCAAUAGUCAUGAAUAUAAACAGGCUAUCCACGAGCUUGUGCGUUGCGUAGCACUGACGAGAAUUUGCUAUGGUGACUCGCAUUGGAAACUAGCAGAGGCACAUGUUAACCUGGCUCAAGGCUACCUCCAGCUGAAAGGACUGUCACUGCAAGCAAAACAACAUGUAGAAAAAGCCAAAGAAAUCCUCACUUCCUCCAUUGUGCCUCCCUAUAAUGACAAUACGGAUGUUUUCAAGUUUUCCAUUGAGCUUUUCCAUACCAUGGGGAGAGUCUUCCUCUCCCUCCAAAAGUUCAAGGAAGCUUCAGAAAAUUUGGCAAAAGCAGAGAGACUUUCAAAGGAGCUGCUACAAUGUGGAAGGAUUAUAAAGGAAGAAUGGAUAGAAAUUCAAGCACGGAUCAAACUGUCAUUUGCACAGGUAUAUCAAGGUCAGAAGAAAUCAAAAGAAGCUUUGCCCCACUAUCAAGAGGCUUUGAAAUAUGUUGAGAUCGUCAAAGGUGAAAAAAGUCAUGAGUGUGUACCAGUAUUGAGGGAAUUAGCGGGUAUAGAACAAGCCCUGGGAUUCUACGACACAGCCAUCAACCAUUUCCUACAGGCACAUCUCAUCGUCCUGAGUAGCAGCUCCUCUCAAGAGGAGGCAGCAGACUCCGCACACUUUGUUGCACGUGCUGCCCUCGCUUCUGGGACACCCGAGCACCACGAUGUGGUUGAGAAGUAUUUUCAAGAGAGCAUGACUCAUCUUAAGGAUUCUGAAGGGCGGGGAAGAGCCAAAUUUCUUUCAAUUCAAGAUGAAUUUUGCCAUUUUCUACAAAUGACCGGACAAAAAGAAAGAGCAACCUCAAUCCUGAAAGAGUCCCUGGAAGCCAAAGUGGGAGCGUUUGGCGAUUUCAGUCCCGAGGUGGCAGAGACAUACCGGUUCCUGAGUGGGGCAGACCUGGUGCAGGGGAACCACAGCGGGGCCCACAGGAAACUGAAGAAGUGUCUUCAGAUUCAGACCAUCUUAUACGGAGCGCAGGACAAGAGGACUCUGGCCACCCAGCAGACCGUGGACGUCCUGUCCAAGGCCCCUGAGGUCGCCAUGAAGCCAGGGCAGGCUGAAAAAGCCAAAGUGGCCUUCUGCACCGGCGUCCCUCGGCACACCAUGCUGGGGAAAGCCAGGCCCAGCGCAGCAGACUGAGACCCCCUCCCCACCCCAAAGCAAGCUUUGGGCAGGACCGGGCACUGCCAUUUAGGCUGCUGUACAAAUCUUUCUCCAACUAGAAGAUGGAACUCAACAGUCAGGCUACAGAUUUUCAAGGCCAAC